AAUGUGCUAGGAGUCCUCACAGGGUCUUCGUGCCUCCUCGGCCUUGGCGCCCGCUCUGGGCGCGCUCGCGGAGUCCUACCGCCCGCCGUUGCGCUAUGAGGGCUCCUCUCUGGGGCUGGCCGAGGCCGGAGCCGGCUUGCACGGUUUGAGAGGAAGUGUGAAAAGAGCGCGGGCGGGAGCUGGGGCUGCGCACCGAGCGGCACUCUCGGGCCAGCGCGGUAUCCAGGUGAGCGCCGGCUUGGUGAGCAGUGUACUGGGUGCAGCUGGUCGGCGCCUGCCGGGCUUGAUCGGAGGCUGAAUCCAGUGCGUGGACCGCCCUUCUCUCUUCGUGGGAUCCUUGGCCACGAUAGCAGAUGCAUUUUGUAGAAGUAUUUUGAGGAUGAAUGUUUUUAAAUCAUUUUGAAAUUUCCAWGCACUAUAUACAUGGGAUGCAUCCUGCUUUCAACCUGGAGUUCACCUCUGUGUCGUGGAUCUAUCCAAGGAGCAUUUGCCUUCAAUCUCUGUGUUAACUAGAAAUCAAGUAAAGACAUGAGGAGAUUCGUUUACUGCAAAGUGGUUCUGGCCACUUCACUGAUGUGGGUCCUUGUGGAUGUCUUCUUACUGCUGUACUUCAGUGAGUGUAACAAGUGUGAUGACAAGAAGGAGAGGUCCCUGCUGCCUGCACUGAGGGCUGUUAUUUCAAGAAACCAAGAAGGCCCAGGAGAAAUGGGAAAGGCUGUUCUGAUUCCUAAAGAUGACCAGGAGAAAAUGAAAGAGCUGUUCAAAAUCAAUCAGUUUAACCUUAUGGCCAGUGAUUUGAUUGCCCUUAAUAGAAGUCUGCCAGAUGUAAGAUUGGAAGGAUGCAAGACAAAAGUCUACCCUGAUGAACUUCCCAACACAAGUGUAGUCAUUGUGUUUCAUAAUGAGGCUUGGAGCACUCUCCUUAGAACUGUUUACAGUGUUAUAAAUCGCUCCCCACACUACUUGCUCUCUGAAGUCAUCUUGGUAGAUGAUGCCAGUGAAAGAGAUUUUCUCAAGUUGACAUUAGAGAAUUAUGUGAAAAAUUUAGAAGUACCAGUAAAAAUUAUCAGGAUGGAAGAGCGCUCUGGGUUAAUACGAGCCCGUCUUCGAGGAGCAGCUGCUUCAAAAGGGCAGGUCAUAACUUUUCUGGAUGCACACUGUGAAUGCACAUUAGGGUGGCUGGAGCCCUUGCUGGCAAGAAUAAAGGAAGACAGGAAAACAGUCGUAUGCCCCAUCAUUGAUGUGAUUAGUGAUGAUACCUUUGAAUAUAUGGCUGGGUCAGAUAUGACUUAUGGGGGUUUUAACUGGAAACUAAAUUUCCGCUGGUAUCCUGUUCCCCAAAGAGAAAUGGAUAGGAGGAAAGGAGACAGAACRUUGCCUGUCAGGACCCCUACUAUGGCUGGUGGCCUAUUUUCUAUUGACAGAAACUACUUUGAAGAGAUAGGAACUUACGAUGCAGGAAUGGAUAUCUGGGGUGGAGAGAAUCUUGAAAUGUCUUUUAGGAUUUGGCAAUGUGGAGGCUCUUUGGAGAUUGUAACUUGCUCCCACGUUGGUCAUGUUUUUCGGAAGGCAACCCCUUAUACUUUCCCUGGUGGCACUGGUCAUGUCAUUAACAAGAACAAUAGGAGACUGGCAGAAGUUUGGAUGGAUGAAUUUAAAGAUUUCUUCUAUAUCAUAUCCCCAGGUGUUGUCAAAGUGGAUUAUGGAGAUGUGUCAGUCAGAAAAACACUAAGAGAAAAUCUGAAGUGUAAGCCCUUCUCUUGGUACCUAGAAAACAUCUAUCCGGACUCCCAGAUCCCAAGACGUUAUUACUCACUUGGUGAGAUAAGAAACGUGGAAACCAAUCAAUGUUUAGACAACAUGGGCCGCAAAGAAAAUGAAAAAGUGGGUAUAUUCAACUGUCAUGGCAUGGGAGGAAAUCAGGUAUUUUCUUAUACAGCUGACAAAGAAAUMCGAACUGAUGACUUAUGCUUGGAUGUGUCCAGACUCAAUGGACCUGUAAUCAUGCUAAAGUGCCACCACAUGAGAGGAAAUCAACUAUGGGAAUACGAUGCUGAGAGACUCACGUUGAGACAUGUUAACAGUAACCAAUGUCUAGAUGAACCUUCUGAAGAAGACAAAAUGGUGCCUACCAUGCAGGACUGUAGUGGAAGCAGAUCCCAACAAUGGCUGCUAAGAAACAUGACCCUGGGGGCAUGAAGACUAUUUCCCCCAAGCCAUCAAAGUGUCUAUACUUUUGGUUUUCCAUUAUUUCAAUKAGGGGAAAAUAAUAACUGCUGAAAUGAAAAUUUUAAAAAUCCUUUUAGUAUUCUAAAACAUAGUUGUUUAUAAUUCAUUUUUAGGAAUGUUGGAUUAUUUCCCUACUAAAAUUUGUAUCUCAUUGAAGAAGCACAUAAAAAACAUAAAUAAUAGCCAAGUGUUAUUAAGCUAUGGAACAACUUGAAAAACAAAUUGUGUUUGUUUUAAAAAAAAAAAAUCUUACUGCCCUCAUGUCACAAGGUUAAUGGGAGGUUAAUUUAUUUUUUGCUGUCAUAGUGAUUGAGAGAGAUAUAAUGUAAAUGCCUUACAAAAUAUCUUCAUUAUGAAAUAUUAUCAAUUGCUUUAUAUAUUCACUCUUUGUACUGGACCUUCAUAGGAACAUGUUGAAUUUCUAUGUCAACAAAUAUGAUCACAAAUUAUUUCUGAGCAUCGAAUUCAUUGUACAAAAUAUCAGGUUCCACAUUUUGUACCAGGAAAAAAAAWUUAAAUUGGAUAUUGAAUUCAUAGUCUUUACAAAAACAUCACAUUUAAACAAAAAAAGAAAGAAGAAUUUGAAAAUUCGCUUUAAAUAGGAAAUGCAAAUUCAAAUGAAGCAAGCAGAAAUUAGCCAUAUAUUGAGGAGAAUGAUGGAGGGAAAUGGAAACAGUCCUUGGAAGAGACAUGGYGGCUGGGUUGCAAUCAUUCCUAACACAGGCUGAA